CGGCGGUUGGGGGCGCGGAAACUGAACCUGCCGCAACGGCCGACGCUGCCUAGUCCGGCGCCUUGGGCGCCCCGGGCCCGCCAUGGCUGCGCCCUGCCCUGAGGACCCCUCACUGGAGAGGCAUUUUAAGGGCCACCGAGAUGCAGUUACUUGUGUGGACUUCAGUCUCAACACGAAGCAGCUGGCCAGCGGCUCCAUGGACUCAUGCCUCAUGAUCUGGCACAUGAAGCCCCAGUCACGCGCCUACCGCUUUGCGGGCCACAAGGAUGCUGUCACCUGUGUGAACUUCUCCCCUUCGGGACACCUUCUUGCCUCAGGCUCCCGAGACAAAACUGUCCGGAUCUGGAUACCCAAUGUCAAAGGCGAGUCCACUGUGUUCCGGGCACACACGGCCACAGUGAGGAGUGUCCACUUCUGCAGUGAUGGCCAGUCUUUCGUGACAGCCUCCGAUGACAAGACAGUUAAGGUGUGGUCGACUCAUCGCCAGAAAUUCCUGUUCUCCCUAAGCCAGCACAUCAACUGGGUCCGCUGUGCCAGGUUCUCUCCCGACGGGCGGCUCAUUGUGUCUGCCAGUGAUGACAAGACUGUCAAGCUGUGGGACAAGACCAGCCGGGAGUGUGUCCACUCUUACUGUGAGCAUGGCGGCUUUGUCACCUACGUGGACUUCCACCCCAGCGGCACGUGCAUUGCUGCUGCCGGCAUGGACAACACAGUGAAGGUGUGGGACGUGCGGACACACCGGCUCUUGCAGCACUAUCAGCUGCACAGCGCAGCAGUGAAUGCACUCUCCUUCCACCCAUCCGGAAACUACCUGCUCACGGCCUCCAGCGACUCGACCCUGAAGAUCCUGGACCUCAUGGAGGGCCGGCUGCUCUAUACUCUCCACGGGCAUCAGGGUCCAGCCACCACUGUUGCUUUUUCAAGAACGGGAGAGUAUUUUGCUUCUGGAGGUUCUGAUGAACAAGUGAUGGUUUGGAAGAGUAACUUUGAUGUUGUCGAUUAUGGAGAAGUCACAAAAGUGCACAGGCCCCCAGCCACCCUGGCCACCUCCUCCAGGAAUCUGCCAGAAGUGGAUUUCCCUGUCCCUCCAGGCAGAGGCAGGAGUCAGGAGUCGGUGCAGAGCCAGCCCCAGGAGCCCAUCAGCAUGCCCCAGACGCUGACCAGCACGUUGGAGCACAUCGUGGGCCAGCUGGACGUCCUCACCCAGACAGUCUCCAUCCUGGAGCAGCGGUUGACACUGACGGAGGACAAGCUGAAACAGUGUCUGGAGAACCAGCAGCUAAUCAUGCAGAGAACAACACCGUGAUCAGGGGAGCAAGAAUCAAGAGCUUGUUCGAUUUUGGGGGGGUGGCAGACCGGGGAUUGGUACUGUGGGACUUGGGGACUCAUUUAUUUAAAUGAAAGGGAUUCAGCUCUGUGGGCAUCACAUUCAUCCCUGAGCCCCAGAGAUUAUGCCCCUAUCUCUGUCCUCCACCUGCUGUCUGCACCUGGAGGCUCUCCACCUGGCAGUGGGAGGCCGGCCCCCUGUGGGCAGGGCCAACACAUGCAGAAUGGACUGUGUUUGGUUUAAUGUGAAGGAGUCACCCGGAAAUGUUUGCUACCUCUACCUCGGAGUCCCAAUGAGCCCUAAGAUCGCAGCUUCCCUGCCCCCUCCAGAAGAGUCCCCUUCCUGGGGUUUGUCCAACCUUCUGUCAUAUGACUGGCUCUUCCCACCCAUAGCAAUGGACUACACAUUGGAUGGGGAGCCAGGAGUUUUCUCUAAAUCUGACAAAAGGCCCAAUGUGGGUCCAUCUGAGGUUUAUCCAGGAACAAGCACUCGAGGUGGGGAGGCGGUAGCUUUGCAGUGGCCUCGAUUUCUGCCUCACGCAUGUUCACUGGGGCCUGGUGGCUUCCUCCUCUGUAUGCACGAAGGUGAAGGAAUCUGAAAUUAAAAUGGACUUUAUUGAGCUUCUCAUAAAA